CCGGGUGCUGUUGCGCGCAAUAGAAGUCCGGAGACAAACGACCGAGUUUGAGAAGUUGCUCGUUGAACUAAUACAUCUUCUACUGCUGGCGCCUGGAGUUUCUUACCAGGGGACAACUGUGGAGCUCCUUUCUUUCGUUCUCAAGUAGGAUAAGGCUCAUACACACACACCCAAAACUCUACAGUGCCCACUACUCAUGUCACGAUCCCUCGACAAUUUUCUACUUUUCACAUUCACAAACCACUUCGUCCCAAAAACCUUUUAAUAUAUGCAUCUGCUUACUUUUCUUUUUUUCUAGCUUUUACAUACAUGAAGAACACUUUUGCACACACGACCUUUCAAAGAACUUAAAUAAACUUUUUCACGAACCUUCAAUAAAACACUGUUUUUUUAAACCCGACCGAAAUUCGCGAAGAUUUUUUUUGAGAUAAAGAGCAACGCUGUCUUCGUGAUGAUCAUCAUGACUGACGAAUAACGAGCCUGGACUGUCCGAAAAGAUCCAUUGCAUUUUUUUUGAAUUUGAGGAGAGCCUCUGUUUUGCUUUUGCAACUACUUGCUGCCAAAAGGAAACCAAAAUUGACGACGGAGUCGCAGUAGCCCACUUUGACUCCGAUUUCUGCAUCUCUUUCUCUUCCGAAGAAGAGCAAGGGCACUACGAGCGUUGGAGGUUCAAGCUGUUGCUCCGAACGCGACUCAAGAAGCAAACGGUUUGCGCAAGAGGAGGAAAUACGUUGGUGGAGGAAGGUACAGACAAAGGCAUCAGGUAAACCAGGUUUACAAAUCUGGAAGCUAUUUUAAUCGUCACCAGGAAAGCCGCAACUUCUACACGAGGACAAGUCUACUUGUGGCCACCCUGCGGUCGCGAUUGAUAAGGGUGCCGAUAAUAAGCGACUACAGACCUGCCUGAUCUUUUAAUCACAACACGGAGCAGCCCAAUCGAUCCCAGCACCGACACUAGUGCCAGCGGCAAAUCCACGAUACAACUAGACGAAGUUGGAAGUAGCAUCAGCCAAGAAAGGCGAGUCCGGCGGAAGUGUCUUCAGCGCCCGUGGAAACCCUCGCCAAACUGAACUGCGCCACGCAGCACGGACUGGGGGGGCGCUUCUGAUUUAUGUAGUAUCAACCGAAGAAUGGUGCUGGCGGAUCAACGUCGCCGCGGGCCUUGCCAAAGGCGCGAGCGAGUAGUGGCGCUGGUAGCAGUAGUCGGCCGCGCUGACGCGACAAUCCUGAGGGAAAUCUGGAAAAAGAAAAAGCAAAGCCAAAAUAAACUACACAUCGGCACAGCUGCAAAGAAAGGCAUUGAUGAUGAAGCCCAGGACGGGGUAGAGGUACCCGAAAACUUCGCGCAGAAGGAAGACGGAGGCAAGGGUCUGGGCACUAGCCCUUGGUCAUUUUCGCGCAUAAUACAACUUCAGCAGAAGCCCAAUUACGUACAUUUGUUCCAGCCUCACGGAUACAGCAGCCGCGGCGUCAGUCCUGGCGGUCAUGGGACGAUGAGGGAGCCGAUGGCGAUGCCGAAUGCGUUUCACUUGUAUCGGAACUUCGAGGUCACGAUUAGCGGUAGGCUGUUUGUUCUUCAGGUGCCGAUACCGGAAGAGGGACAUGCGGGCGACGGGGCUAAUUCGCAUUCUUUCAAUUUCGAUUUCCUAAACAACGGGGGUCCACAUUCAAACUCGUUCUCUUUCAGGCUCUUGCCAGCGAAGAACUGGAUAGAGCGACGGCAGCAGAUUUCCUCGAUAAGCACCACGUCGCGGAGGUUGCAGGUUAAGUCGCGAUUAUUAUCGACGCUUGAUGUCUGGAACCCGUUUGGCAGUGAAAAGUCGUGGGAGUGGGUGCAAGUUGCGACGCCUCUUAGUAAUUUUUCUAUUGUUGUCAAUCUCGAGGUGACGCGUGUCAAUGACGUGCUCUUGACCAAAAACGGCGUCUGUAACGGAGUAGUGCCCGACACUGUCAAGAUCGAUGGCGCGCGGCUCGUUCCGUGGUGUCAAGACACCUCAGGACGAGAGAAGUUUGGCGCGGCUCAUUGCUUCGGAAGUUUGCUACAGCGCCGCCAUUGGGAACAGAGCGAGCUUGCUGGGAAACCCGUGGGAGGAGGACUGCUACGUCCUCUCCUCAUGGGAAAAGGGUAUGUUAUCACUACAGAACGAUCCGGCCAAUGGGGUUGGUCAUGUUGGUUCGACGGCCGUGCCACCGUCUCAGAAUUUUGUUUCAAAGCUGGGCAAUAAAGCCACCAACUUCAUCAGAGUCACCAGCUUGGCCAAUUUUCCGAAAUUUGGCAAAUUCAUCAGCUUCACCAGCUUCGCCAAUUUUUCCGGAUUGCCCAAAUAUGGCAAAUUCACCACCCUCGUCAGCUUCACCAGCUUCGCUAGGUUUUCUGGAUUCCAUCUGUAAUUUGACAAAUUUGCCAGCGUCACCAGCUUCGCACUUUUUCCGGAUUUCCGAAAUUCGGCAGAUUCAUCAGCUUCACCAGCUUCGCCAAUUUUUCCGGAGUUCGUUCCCAAAUUCGGCAAAUUCACCAGCUUCACCAGCUUCGCGAAAUUCUUCCUGGUUUCCCAAAUUUUGCGAAUUUGCCAAAAUUCCGGAUUUGCCAGCUUCGCCAGUUUUUCCGGAUUUGCCAAAUUUCGCAAUGCACCAGCUGCACCAGCUGCAGCAGCUUCGAUCGCGAGCGCCCUGGCGUCUCUCUCACGCCCCGCGCGCGCGCGCUUCCUUUAGCAGAUUCGGCCCAGCCGACCACUUUUCCCGGAUUAGUUUGCCAGAUUUGCCAACUUCGAAAAAUAAAGAAUGGCGAAGCUGGUGAGGCUGUCAGCUUCACCAGCUUCGCCAUUUUUUUCGAAUUUAAUUACCAAACUCGCCAAAGCGAAAGCCACCAGCUUGAGUCUCACCAGCUUCAGAAGCGCAUGGGCCGCCGGGCCUUGUUAUUAAUUAAACCCGGCCGAAAGGUUCUCGAAGUCAAACAGGACGGGCCCCCUGAUUGGCGGGGGGGCAAUAUUUUCGGCGCCUGCGUUUUCUUCGUUGUUUUGGGAAUUUCCCGCCUAGCCUCCAAGGAGCCAGCCGGAGCAUUUCGGGUCGGGUCCGGAAAGGUAUUAUUGGCCGCUCCAUGUUUGUUUGUUUGUCGAGUGUGAAGCGAUGGCGAUCGCCGUUGCCGGCCCUGUGGCCUCGUCGCUUUGCCGGGAAAUAGAAAUUUCUUGCGCGCGCUUUUUAGGCGCUUUUCACCGGAUCCCGGGGGGGUGCAGGGCUGCGUAAGUAAUUCCGUCGGGGAUUAUUUUAGCGGGUUGCGUUCCGGUUUGUAAAGAAAAGACAAAGAGCGAGCGCACUGCAAUGAAAUUUUUCCAGAACUUUGCAAACGCCCCGAACCCUGGGCGGGCUCCAGCUGACUUCUUCCAAAAGUUCGGAGAAGGCUGCUUUGCAUAUAAUUUCCGAAAACUUCUGAAAAGCUUUGGGGCAGUGUUCUGCGAUUGAGCGCUGUUGUCGCCUCUAUGACUUGGGUCGCAUCGCUCGGCCUGGGGGUGGAUGGCUCGCAUUUUGAAAUUUUCCGCGCCCCUCAUCCAUUCCCGACGUGGCACAGGGCUUUGCAGAUAAUUCUGGAGCGGAUUGUGUUAACAACAAUACAAACACGGAGAAAUUUUUUGCGUGUUGCAUUCCGGCUUCCAAAGACAAAACGUGACAGCGCUUGAAGAAAAGUUUCCCGAGACUCGCCAAAGAUUUCGAACCCUGGAUGGCCUCCAACUUCUUCCAAAGGGCCGGAGGAGUUCGAUUGGGAGGCUUUUGGAAAAAUCGCGGAAAGUUUUGAAGAAGUGCCACGCGUUGGGAUUCUUGAAAAAAAACUUGUGAAGCGUUUCGGGCAAGUGUUUUGUGCUUGUGGUUUGUUGUGUUACAAGGCGACUCCCCGCAUUUUUUGCCCGGGGUCCAGAGAGAAGGCGCCGUACUAUCGGGCUUUGCGUUCCUACCCUAAGAAAAAAACGCUCCUUGUUCUGUGGGCGCCGUUUCCGUCUCCGAUUUUCCGAAAAUCAACUUUAAAGCGGAAAGAAAGUCAUUGCCCGAUAUGAUUCCUGGCAGGGUAAUGAAAGAGGGGGGCGGGGUCCUCGUCGAUGUGUUUGGCCAGGGGAGAAAACCUACCGGCGGCGGCAGGGGCCGCCGAACCUUGUAAAACGUACGCGCGCGGCGCGCGCGCCGAACAUGAGGGGCCUCGGUUUAUUCCGAAGCCGGUGAAGCUGAUGAAGCUGGUGGGUUUGCCAAAUUUGGCAAAUCCCAAAAAGCAGGCAAAGCUGCUGGAGCUCCGCGAAAAAGGGGGGGGCGCUACCGGCGGCUUGGGUGAGAUCCCGAAGAACGCGCGCCCGCGGCGCUUUUUCGCGGAGCUUGCCCCCCCUCUGUUUGCGUUUUGCAGGAUCCCCCCUCCCUUUUUACGUUUUGCAGGAUCUCGCGCGCCGCUUAUGUUAGGCGCGCGUGGCGCGCGCCGGGCAUAAGGGGCCCCGCCCAUUCCCGAAGCCGAUGAUAUGAAGCUGAUGAGUUUGCUAGAUUUCGCAAAUCCGGCAAGAGUGGCGAAGCGGGUGAAGCUGAUGAAGUUUUCAAAUUUGGCAAACCUCCCGGAAAAAUUGGCGAAGCUGGUGACGCUGAUAAGAUUGCCAAAUUUCGGAAAUCCGGGGGCAAAGCUGGCGCCGCUGAUGAAUUUGCCAAGUGGCAAACUCAUCAGCUUCAUCGGUUUCGGAAAUGGCCGGGGCUAGUUGUUUCAUUCUUUUUUUUCUCUUUCGCUUUCGAAAAAAAGCAAGUCUAUUCUUGAAGUUGAAUCACGUCGGUUUAGCACAAAAGCCGCAGGCUUUCAUUCUUCCGCGCAUGCUAUGACCAACCCCACCGGCCGCGGCCGGGCCACUCUCUAUCAUUGGCGAGGAGGCGCCGCAGGAGCACGUCGCGCGGAGGCUGCAGGAAAAUCGCAUGCAGUUCAGCGGGUACUCCGUUGACGUGGCGUUCAACGUGGCUGGCUAUGCGGAUCCUUCGCCAGCAAGAUUAAUGCUCGGGAUCCUUAAGAAAGUGAAACACGCAAGGAACCCCGUGGCCGAGAGCCUCGUGUUGGACCUGGACACCCUUCCUAUUGAAGAUACCGAAAUAAGUGAAGAUAGGCUAGGAGAAGUAAGAGAUAGAGAAAAACUCCCCCUUUGGGUCUCUUUAGACCAGGAGCAGCACAUGAGCUUCGUACAAGGUUCACAAACGGCCGAUGACUUGUUCCCUAAGCGGAACACGCAUGCAGAUCUGCAAUGCGACACAUGCAGCCCAGAAACGCAUCCUCAAGGUCAACCUCUGCAGGUCCUGCCGCCCGGGGGCUUCAAAGACGCGAAGGAUCAACGCGUGAUAAGCAGGACCAACCAAGUCGUCCCGCCGGGGUCUGUUGUGCUGCGUUCCGGGUUCGCAUUUCUCGAGACGCCGGGGCCAAGGGGGAGCUCGUUUUUCGCGCAUUCACUACCUCCAGCAGAGAAGUCUACCGUCACCGGAUUCGACGGGAGUCAGACAAUGGCUGAAAGCAUCCACUCCGCCGGCAUUUCAGCGGUUUUUUUGCACCUCAGAACCCUCGUCGCGAGCGUGGCGUCCGCGUUUAUCAUCUGGGGUUUUUGCGUUGCGCUCGCGAUCUUUUGGAGCAGCAAGGACUUGCUGGCGGACGAGGAGGAGAAAUUGAUAUCGGCCGCAAGGUGAGUGUCAGGUUUGGGGAAGAGCAGGACUUUUGUCUGGAUGGGUAGCAACUAACUUUUUUUUGUCUAUCAGGACCUGCUUGAUAGAUAUCAAAAUUUGAGAUCAUUCCUGUCGUCCUCAUUUUACUGGAAAAAAACUCCUACUUCCUGAGUCGUGCAUUCCGGAUUUACACUCAGAUUCAGAAAGCGACAGCCGAAGCCCGCCCUAUCUGUACCAGAAAUGUAGUGGUGCUAGCGGCUCAGGCUCUUUUUGCAUGGAUACGAGGACAGUUAGUAUACCACGACGCAUCUCCCGUCGCGCCGUGAUAAUCCCCGGCCUCGACAAGUUAAAGCUUGCAGUCUAUAAUCAAAAGCCGCCGACGAAAUCGGCCACGAAAAUUGUCGACCAUUGAAGGCGGGGGCAAGAAAUUCCACGAAAUCCAGCAAGCGCAGCCCGGAACUGGACCUGGAGAAGCGCGCGACUGUUUACGAAGCCGAAAGGCAGGCCGCCGAAUCCGACGCAGAGAAUGGGCCCCCGCUCUCGAAGUAGCUAGCACAGACUCGCAAGCCAGCUGUGGCAGCUGGUGUGGUCUGCAGCAAAAAGAACUCUCCUAUAUCGUUUUGGCUUCCGUACUUUUUUUUGUGCAAAACCUUGCCCCGCGCAUAUCAAUCGCGUGUUUUGUUAACUUCGCUUACAGGCUCAAGAACAAGCUGCGCCCGAGAUCCAGGCUUUGUCUCUGAGCCCCCCUCAAAGAGCAGAUUUUUGUGGGUGUAUCGUGAAACUGGAAGAGCAAAUUUGUUAUGAAAAAAAGAAGUAAAAACCUAAUUAGUACAACUGUGCACCAUUUUUUUUUCCUUCACCUUCUACAACAAAGAUUGAUCUUUUUUGAUAAAUUCAAGUCACAAUUUUACAUUGCAAUACAUCUUUUUGUUCUUCUAAAGGUCCUUCUUCUUCUUCUUCUUCUUCUUUUUUUUGAUAAGUCAAGUCACAACUUUACAUUGUAAUGAAGAUAAAAUAGAGCAUCGAUGAUCGCGUUGACCCUCCCGAAAACGUGACCUGAUUAAUAUUAUAUAAGCUUCUUCUAGUAGGGAAAUUGUGAAAAACGCGAUAAAAAUAAACAUGAACAUCGAAAGCCUAAGUGUAGCUAUAUUUUUGCGGUUGCAAUCUGGUCGUGGCUUUUAGUCGUGAGAUCUCAAAAGUCAUCCUGAACUGUAACAAUCGGGCCGCCUUGAGCUGUUUCUUUUGCAGUGAAAUGUUAGCCCGUUAUAACCUGAGGAAGGGUCGUUAUAGUUGCGUAUCAACUCCCAUCGGUGUUGGAGCAUACCCACAGGCAACAGUGUUUAUGAAUGUGGAAGCUGCUCGAUGUGGAAGGACAAAAUAAAAAUAUGAAUACAGAACGCGAAUCCAAUUCCUUCCGCGGGUCGAUCAGCCGUUACUUUAGUACUCAGCUCGAGACUAAUAUGCCGAAGCUGUAGCUCUAGCUGGAAGAAAC